AUGUCAAAUCGCGUGUUUGAUAACUCUGAGAAUAAGAACUCCAUCAAACCAUUCAACAAGGACUCACAGAAUGAAAACGCUCUCAUAUCAAGCAAAGUAUCAAACUUUAGGCCAACACUGAGGUUUAAGAGAGUACCAUUGGGUGGCAAAAAUCAGAAUACCAACACGUUUGAAUUGAACAGGUCAAAAUCAACUAUAAAUUCCAAUUUAUCCUCGCUCAAACCCAACAACAAGCCUCCAAGUUUAGUAAAGUCGAAUUCGAGUUUGGGAUUUCAAUCCGUACCUGUGUACCAAGAGAACACUAAUAAGCAGGCUGGUCAAUUUCAAAAUGCUGAACCGUGGACUGCUGAAAUUGGCACCAAGCAAGUGGGGGAGAGUAGUAGAAAUUCAAUGAGUUUACCAAGAUCUAAUCGCAAUAUCAAGAAAAGAGUUAGUUUGGAUGAACAAUCUCACCCAGCAUUGCUAUCGCCUAAAAAACCCAAACUUUUUCAAACCGACUCCUUGGUCAAAUCUGAUGGAACAAAACGUCAACCAAUAAGUAAUUUUGAAACUACGCUUUCAGAAAGAACUGAAGCUAUGAAUGCGAGACACAUAGUGAAUAACGAUAUAACGAGAAACAAUGUGGAUCCAAUUAAGCCAACAAACAGGCGCCAUUCGAUAGAUGCGAUGGUUUCACAACACUGGCAAGAUGAAAUAGAAUUUAUACCACAAGAUUACACCAAAAAGGAUAGUGAGUUGCUUAUUUCAUUCAAUGAUGAUGAGUUACAGUAUUUCUCAACACCAAAUGUCAGCCAUGAGUUUAAACUGACCCCACCUAAUGAAGAUUUAGAUUUAGAAUUGGAUUUUGAAGACGGCACAGGAGACGAGGAGCUUGACGCUAACAUGACUGUCGACGGAAAUGAGAAGGAGGGGUUUGGAUUAAAUGACGAGGAUUUAAGAAACCUAUUAGAUUAA